AUGUCCAUUGCUGAGGAGAAAUUGGAUGCGCUCGCGGCACAGCUGAAGUCGAUGCUGUUGCUCAUGGAGACCUUCAACCGAUGGCGCCUAGAGGUCGACCACUUCUCCACCGAGCUCAGCAAGGACGUCAAGAAUCUCACAUCGCGCAUCGAGGCGUUGGAAGCGCAACCUCAUCCCGCUCCACCUUCGGCCUCGGCGCGCGAGGAAGAGGGGCGGGCCAAGGGCCCCGGCGUCGAAUCGACUACACAGGGGGAUGAAGCCAAGACUAAAUGGGAUGACAAGCUUGCUGCUCUGAGAACUCAGCGAAGAGCACAAGGCUUGUGCAUGAAAUGUGGUGAAAAAUGUGGUAAAAAUCACAAGUGCCCUGACAAGGUGUCACCGCAUGUUCUGGAAGAAUUCCUGGAAGCUGUGCAAACUGAGCCACCACAGGAUGACUUAACUGAAGAUUCCAGUGAUGAUGAUGAUGAUGAAAUUUUCAGUUUGUCUCAGUGUGCAGUGGAGGGCGUCCAAGGCAAGAAAACCAUCAAAUUAUCUGGCCUGGUGAAUCAUCAAGAAAUUCUGAUACUCAUUGAUUCAGGCAGUUCCUGUUCAUUCAUAAGUGACAAGACAGUGCAAGCUCUGCAGUGCUCGGUCACCUCUGCUCCAUCUGUAUUAGUGACAGUUGCUAAUGGGCAGAAACUCAGAAGUGAUCAACAAGUCCAGGAUUUUACUUGGUGGACUCAGGGCAAAACAUUCACUCACUCAGUUCGAGUACUGUCAAUCUCUUGUUUUGAUCUGGUACUAGGCAUGGAUUGGCUGGAAUCACAUAGCCCCAUGUGGAUACACUGGAAAAGGAAGCUAUUGAGAUUUUCAUAUCAGGGUGCCCGCGUUAGUCUCAAAGGCAUUAAGGACUCCACCUCCACAUGUCCUAAGAUCAAACUCAGGAAAUUUCAAGGACUGGUUCAGGAAGCAUCUGCUGCAACCAUUCCUACAGAGGUCCAGCAGCUGAUCAAAAUUAAUGAUGAUCUGUUUCAAGACCCUAAAAGCUUACCGCCCGAAAGGACCUUUGAUCACAAGAUCCCAUUAAUUCCAGUACUUUCACAGAACCAUCAUCCUAUUGCCUACAUCAGUAAGUCUCUGGGACCCAAGGCUCAGGCCAUGUCUACUUAUGAGAAAGAGUGCAUGGCCCUAAUUUUGGCUGUCACCAAGUGGAAGUCAUAUCUGCAACACAUGGAAUUCACCAUUUCCAUAGAUCAUCACAGUCUGGUGCAUUUGGGUGAUCAGAAGUUACUAGAAGGCAUGCAGCACAAAGCUUUCAUCAAGCUGCUUGGACUACAGUACAAGAUCAUUCACAAAAAGGGGUGGAAAAUCAAGCUGCUGACGCCCUAUCUAGACAACCUGACUCACCUACGUUGUUGGCUGCAUCCACAAUCACACCAAGGUGGCUGGACAUUAUAG